UCAGGAGCUCCCGCUGAGCGCACAAACCCGGCUGUGCCACUAUACGCGCCUCAAAUCUCUGCUCACACACUUCCAUUGGGUUUGGUGUUGUAUGUUUACAGUCACAACAAGUCAAAGCGCAGGAGAUACAGGUGAGCUGUUAGGAUGAUGGAGGGCGCAGGGUUCUGAACGAUCAGACAAUAACAACAACAACAACAACAACAACAACAACAGAUCCUUCGUGUCACAGGGCAGAGCCAUGCUUCCUCAAGAUGUGGGGAAACAGAAGUCACGCCGCGUGUCAGACCCGGUGUUUGCGCCACCAGUUCCCCCAGUCCCUCCCCGGCUGAAGAACUGGGAUUUCCCGAAGAGCGUAAAGCGCCGGCGGUCUGGAGCCACACCUGAGCGCAAGGUGAACUGCGUCCUGGUUGGAGACGGUGCUGUGGGUAAAACCAGCCUGAUUGUCAGCUACACAACCAACGGAUACCCGACAGAAUAUGUUCCGACAGCGUUUGACAACUUCACAGCGAUGGUGGUGGUCGACGGGAAACCAGUCAGACUACAGCUGUGUGACAUGGCCGGACAGAAAUGGGGGCUGGUUGAUGGAUCAAUCAACGAUGAGCUGGAGCGUCUCCGUCCACUCUGCUAUAAGAACGCAGACGUCUUCCUCCUGUGCUACAGCGUGGUCCGCCCCUGCUCCUUCCGUAACCUGACGGACAGGUGGGUGCCCGAGAUCCGCCAGCACUGCCCCGGUGCCCCCGUGGUCCUGGUCGGCACUCAGCUGGACCUGAGAGAGGACGUCCAGGUCCUGAUCCACCUGGCACACAACCAUCAGCAGCCGGUGGGCACAGAGGAGGGUCAGCGGCUCGCCCACGAGCUCGGGGCGGUCAGUUUCUCUGAGUGUUCAGCUCUGACCCAGAAGAACCUGAAGGAUGCUUUUGAUGCAGCCAUCUUGGCCAGCAUCCAACACAUGGACAGCAGCAGCAGCAUCCAGCAGGAGAGGCUGACACUGAGGAGGAAGACCCCGGAUAAGAUCAAGAGCCUGUCGGAGACCUGGUGGAAGAAGAUCAACUGUCUGAUGGGGGAACAGAGCUGUGAACUGGGCUGAAACCAGAAUAUUUGGAAACACGUAGACUUAAUGUGUUGAAGCCGACUGACAGAAGGUGCCAGAUGGAUGAAGGAUAAUCACCGCACAGGACAACAGCACAGGUUCCAGAGAGACGUCAGGAAUGCAGAUCUGUGACUCAGAGGUGACUGUGUCUCCAGACUGGCAGGGAAAGUGUGUCUGUGGGUGUGUGGGGGGUGCCUUGGGGGGGGGUCACCAUUUCAGUUCUGCAAAUCCUAAAAAUAGAGCACUUGGCAGGCAUGAGUCAAGAGAUUUGAAUAGAAUAGAAUA